GAAACUAAUCCUGAUCAAAUCAAAGCAAAACGUACAUUAAUAGAAGUUAGAAAAAUAAAGGGCUUGUCAGGAGACAACUGUGGUUACCCUUGUCGAGAUAAUUAUAUAGAAAUUAAAUAUUUCAAGGAUAAAACACCAACUGGAGCUAGAAUUUGUUGUGACACAAAAAAUGACAGAAUUCUAACUAUUAGUUCUGAAGAAAAUACUGAAGUAUUAAUUAUGAUUAAGGGUUGGAUACUAGAAUACGACAUUAGUUACAAAGCUGAACUUACACCUUCACAAGAAUCUUCAAAUUGCAUAGAAGUGCGUAAAUCAAUUUGGAAUCCAAAUAAUUUGCAAACUCCCUAUGAAUUAUUUGUGAAAAAUGAAAAAGGAGAAUUUGUUGUAGCAAAUCCACACUUUGGACCUGCAUUUUGCUUAGUCUGCAGGAGGAAUCAUUCUAUGAUUAUUAAUGGUUUACACUUUCCUCGAAAUAACUGUGUUGAAGAUAAUGACCCAAAUCUAAAUUGUACUUAUGAAGCAUGUUUUUAUUGCAGGGUAAUAAUUUAA